AUCUACUCCAUGACAAGUCAUCAGUUGCCGAAUAUGACUUUGAUACCAAACGUUGCCGACCUCAUAUUUUAUCCUCGUGUCAUAUUUUAAUUGGUAGAAUUGCCGUUGCUGAAACCUCCAUCGUUGUUUUUCUUCUAUAAAACCAAAUCCGGCAAAGCCAUUUUUUCAUAUUCAUAUUCCAAACAAACAGGUUCUAUUGUUAUAUAGAAAAGAGAUUCAUACCUAGCACACAACAUCGUUUCAAGAUGCAAAUCUUCGUUAAGACCCUCACUGGCAAGACCAUUACUCUCGAAGUUGAGAGUUCAGAUACCAUAGACAAUGUUAAGGCCAAGAUUCAAGACAAGGAAGGGAUCCCUCCAGACCAGCAGCGUCUCAUUUUUGCUGGCAAGCAGCUGGAGGAUGGGCGUACCCUUGCUGAUUACAACAUACAGAAGGAAUCAACUCUCCAUUUGGUGCUUCGUCUCCGCGGCGGGAUGCAAAUCUUUGUGAAGACUCUCACUGGAAAGACCAUUACCCUUGAGGUGGAGAGCUCUGAUACCAUUGACAAUGUCAAAGCCAAGAUUCAGGAUAAAGAGGGCAUUCCACCUGACCAACAGAGGCUCAUCUUUGCUGGCAAACAACUUGAGGAUGGCAGAACUUUAGCUGACUACAACAUCCAGAAAGAAUCCACCCUUCAUCUGGUGCUCCGUCUCCGUGGUGGUAUGCAAAUCUUUGUCAAGACCCUCACAGGAAAGACCAUCACCCUGGAGGUGGAGAGUUCGGACACCAUAGACAAUGUGAAGGCCAAGAUACAGGACAAAGAGGGUAUUCCACCAGAUCAGCAAAGGUUGAUUUUUGCUGGUAAGCAGCUCGAAGAUGGAAGAACUCUGGCUGAUUACAACAUCCAGAAAGAGUCCACUCUUCAUCUUGUUUUGAGACUUCGGGGUGGUAUGCAGAUUUUUGUGAAGACCCUUACUGGCAAGACAAUUACUUUGGAGGUAGAGAGCUCAGACACAAUUGACAAUGUCAAGGCUAAGAUACAGGAUAAGGAGGGUAUUCCCCCAGAUCAGCAAAGGUUGAUUUUUGCUGGGAAACAACUCGAAGAUGGACGAACCUUGGCUGAUUACAAUAUCCAGAAGGAAUCCACCCUUCAUCUUGUCCUUCGUUUGAGGGGAGGUAUGCAGAUCUUUGUGAAAACUUUGACAGGAAAGACCAUUACUUUGGAGGUAGAAAGUUCAGACACGAUUGAUAACGUGAAGGCAAAAAUUCAGGAUAAGGAGGGAAUCCCACCAGAUCAGCAGAGGUUGAUAUUUGCUGGGAAGCAAUUGGAGGAUGGAAGGACUCUUUCUGACUACAACAUUCAGAAGGAGUCUACUCUUCACCUUGUUUUGCGCCUUCGUGGUGGAUUUUAAGUAUUUGGAGAUUGCGUAGUAGUCUUUUUAAUGUUUGGAAACCCUUGCAGGUCUUUGGGUUUUGAGUUUCAGAAUUUGUUAUUGCAUAGGUCUUGAUAGUGGUAUUCGUAUAAUUCUGCUAUCAUAAUUAACUUUAUGAACAUGAACUGUUUGUUAUCGUUUGAGUGAUAAAAUGCAAAUAUUAUUGUACCUUCGAUGUCA